AUGAGCCACCUUUCUUCACCCCCUCAAAAACAUAAGGGGGAGCACAAAUCCCUCGGUCUCCCCCGUGGUUCAGAAAGGGGAUGCUCCUCCCGGGACAAGGACCGCAGUGCAACGGUCACAAGCUCUGUGCCCAUGUCUGCUGGAGGGAAGACCAGUCGAACCAACUGCUCCCAGUCUGCGACUACGCAGAGGGCUCCCAAUCGCCUCAUCCAUGAGAAGUCGCCCCACCUUCUGCAACAUGCCUACAACCCCGUGGACUGGUACCCCUGGGGACAGGAAGCCUUCGACAAGGCCCGGAGAGAAAACAAGCCGAUAUUCCUCUCAGUGGGCUACUCCACCUGUCACUGGUGUCACCUGAUGGAAGAGGAGUCGUUCCAGAAUGAAGAGAUCAGCCAAUUGCUCAAUGAGGACUUUGUCAGCGUGAAGGUAGACCGGGAGGAGCGGCCAGAUGUGGACAAGGUGUUCAUGACCUUCGUGCAGGCCACGAGCAGUGGUGGGGGCUGGCCCAUGAACGUGUGGUUGACUCCCAGCCUCCAGCCCUUCGUGGGGGGCACCUACUUCCCCCCUGAGGAUGGCCUAACUCGAAUUGGUUUCCGCACAGUCUUGCUGAGGAUAAAGGACCAGUGGAAGACUAACAAGACCACCCUGCUGGAAAACAGUCAACGGGUCACCAAUGCACUGCUGGCCAGGUCGGAGAUCAACAUGGGGGACCGCCAGCUGCCCCCCUCGGCCGCCAUCAUGAAUAGCCGCUGCUUCCAGCAGCUGGACGAAGGCUAUGAUGAGGAAUAUGGUGGCUUUGCUGAGGCCCCCAAGUUUCCCACGCCUGUGAUAUUGAACUUCCUGCUCUCCUACUGGCUCAGUCACCGCAUCACCCCGGAUGGUUCCCGGGCCCAGCAGAUGGCCUUGCACACCCUGAAAAUGAUGGCCAAUGGUGGCAUUCGAGACCAUGUGGGCCAGGGCUUUCACCGUUACUCCACGGACCGCCAGUGGCACGUCCCUCACUUCGAGAAGAUGCUCUAUGACCAGGCACAACUCACGGUGGCCUAUUCGCAGGCCUUCCAGAUCACGGGCGACGAGUUCUAUAGUGAUGUGGCCAAGGGUAUCCUGCAGUAUGUGGUUCGGAACUUGAAUCACCGGUCUGGAGGCUUCUAUAGUGCCGAAGAUGCAGACUCGCCACCAGAGCGGGGCACAAAGCCCAAGGAGGGUGCCUUCUACCUGUGGACAGUGAAGGAGAUUCAGCAACUGCUGCCUGAGCCGGUGCCAGGUGCCACAGAGCCACUGACUUCCGGCCAGCUGCUGAUCAAGCACUACGGGUUCACAGAGGGUGGCAACAUCAGUGCCAACCAGGACCUCACGGGGGAACUGCAGGGCCUGAAUGUGCUGACUGAACGCUAUUCGCUGGAGCUGACUGCUGCCCGCUUCGGCCUGGACGUGGAAGCUGUGCGGUUACUGCUCAACACGGGGUUGGAGAAGCUCUUCCAGACCCGCAAGCACCGGCCAAAGCCACACCUGGACACCAAGAUGUUGGCAGCCUGGAAUGGCCUGAUGGUGUCUGGCUUUGCGGUGACCGGGGCUGUCCUGGGGAUGGAGAAGUUAGUCAACUAUGCCAUCAAUGGAGCCAAGUUCCUGAAAAGACACAUGUUCGACGUGGCCAGCGGCCGCCUCAUGCGAAGCUGCUAUGCAGGCAAUGGGGGGACUGUGGAAUACAGCAAUCCGCCCUGCUGGGGCUUUCUGGAAGACUACGCCUUCGUAGUGCGGGGCCUGCUAGACCUGUAUGAGGCCUCGCAGGAGAGCUCUUGGCUCGAGUGGGCGCUGAGAUUGCAGGACACACAGGACAGGCUCUUCUGGGACUCGCGGGGUGGCGGCUACUUCUGCAGCGAGGCUGAGAUGGGGUCUGGCCUGCCCCUGCGCCUGAAGGACGACCAGGAUGGGCCGGAGCCCAGUGGCAACUCGGUGUCGGCCCACAACCUACUCAGACUUCACGGCUUCACGGGCCACAAGGACUGGCUGGACAAGUGUGUGUGCCUGCUGACGGCCUUCUCUGAGCGCAUGCGUCGGGUCCCUGUGGCGCUCCCCGAGAUGGUCCGUGCCCUCUCUGUGUACCAGCAGACCCUCAAGCAGGUGGUGAUCUGUGGAGACCCGCAGGCCAAGGACACCAAGGCCCUGCUGCAGUGCGUACACUCAGUCUACGUCCCCAACAAGGUGCUGAUUCUGGCUGACGGGGACCCCUGCAGCUUCCUUUCCCGCCAGUUGCCCUUCCUGUCCACGCUGCGGAGGCAGGAGGACCGUGCCACUGCCUACGUGUAUGAGAACCAGAGCUGUUCCAUGCCUAUCACGGAGCCCUGCGAGCUACGCAAAAUGCUCCAUUAG